UUCAAUCACACAGCGAAGAGCAAACACAGAGAAAAAGAGUCAACGCUCCGAUUCCGCGGGUGGAGGACCGGAGGUCACUAGAAACUCCGAAGUUGCUUGCAAAGUCUCCUCGAUCUCCAUCGCACACUACUUCUGUGUCUGAAACAGCUGAAGCUAAUGGACUUUUAUUUCUUCCAGAUGGUGUUGGCGAUUCUUGUGGUAACUGUGACAUGGAUCGGUGUCCUAGCCAGUCUUAAGUGGAUAUGGAAGAGUUGGUUCAGUUACAUGGUUGAAAAGCCAGAGCCAAUAUCAGAGGAUAAUCAAGAACCGGUUGACGUCGAUGCCUCUGCACCUCUUCCUUCAUCAUCAGCUCCUAGGUGGAAGCAUGAUGUGUUUUUGAGUUUCAGGGGUGGAGACACUCGCAAAGGUAUUGCAUUCGAAUUAUACGAUCGACUGCAAAACAGGAGAGGAAUCAAAACAUUCAUGGAUGACCAAGACCUUCAAGUAGGGGAUGUUAUUUCUCCCACUCUCCUAACGGCAAUUAAAGAAUCAAGGUUUGCAAUUAUUGUUCUCUCUCCAAACUAUGCCACUUCCACUUGGUGUUUGGAGGAACUUAGAAACAUUUGUGAAUGCAUGGAAGAAGACAACAACAGAAUUCUGCCACUUUUUUAUUAUGUGGAUCCUACUGAUGUACGAUAUCAGAAGAGUAGUUUCGGAGAUGCUUUCACUAAGCAUCAAAAAUCUGGGCGACACAGAUCAGAGAAGGUGCAGCAGUGGAGAGAUGCUUUAAAAAAAGUGGCAAAUUUCUCUGGGUGGCAUACACUGAAUUAUAAAACUGAAAGAGAACUUUUGGAUGCCAUUGAGGAAUCUGUGUGCAAUAAAUUACGAUCUACUGAACAUGAGUUUAAAAUGUCCAUCGGAGGUUUUGAAGCAUUUGAAGCAACAAAACAAGUCAUUGAUAAAGUCAUGAAUGAGCUAAAAGACGAUGAGGCCACUACCAUUGGGAUCUACGGAAUGGGGGGCGUUGGAAAGACGACAAUGGUGAAAUAUGUUGGAGCACAAGCCCAAGAAAGCAGGCUUUUUAAUCAAGUGAUUAUGGUUGUCGUAUCCCAAAACCCCGACUUGAUGAAAGUUCAAGAGACAUUUGCAGAACUGCUGGGCUUUAAAUUCAAGGAGGAGACAGAAAUUGGAAGAGCCAUUAAAUUGAAGGAGAAGAUAAUGAGAGGAACUGGAAUCCUCAUAAUCUUGGAUGACAUUUGGAAGAGAAUAGACUUUUCAAGCAUUGGAAUUCCGAGCCACAACGAACUUCAAAGAUGCAAAUCCAAAGUUCUACUAACCACCAGAAAAUUGAGUGUUUGCCAUUCCAUGGAUUGCCAUGCAAACAUACAUCUCAAUAUCUUAUCAGAAGAAGAUUCUUGGAGCUUAUUUGUGAAGGAAGCAAGGAAGUCUUUUGACAAAUCAACCAAUUUCUAUGAUGUAGCACGUAAGGUGGCUAGAGAAUGCGCCGGUCUACCAGUUGCUUUGAUAGCAGUUGCGAGGGCCCUUCGAGAUGAAGGUUUGGAUGGAUGGAAAGAAGCUGCUCGACGACUAAAAGCGUCUCAACCUGCCAACCCUGAAGAUGAGGGAGAUGUGUUUGCAUGCAUAAAGUUAAGCUAUGAUUACUUGAAAUCUGAUGAUUCCAAAUCAUGCUUCUUGCUUUGCUGCCUGUUCCCAGAAGAUUAUGAUAUCCCAAUUGAACACUUGCUCAUGUAUAGCAUUGGGAAAGGAAUGUUUCAAGAUUCAAACAUGCUAGAAGCCCGAGCGACAACAUACUUAGUGGUGAAGGCCCUUAAAGAUUCUUGCUUGCUUUUGGACGCUGGAGAUGACAAAUGUGUAAGGAUGCAUGAUGUCAUUCGGGAUAUGGCAAUACGAAUUUCCUCAUCUGAAGACGGCCAGAGGUUCUUGGUGAAAGUUGGCUGUGAAUUGAAGAAUUGGCCAAGGAUUGAUGUACAUAAAGGCUACUCUGCAAUCUCACUAAUGAUGAACGGAAUUUGCAAGCUACCCGAAGAGUUGGUAUGUCAAAAUCUCCAGAUUUUAUUACUACAACACAAUGCUUCAUUAAAUGAUAUCCCUAACUCUUUCUUCCAAAGUCAGAAAGAAUUAAGAGUCUUGGAUCUUAGCCGCACUGGUAUUUCACUACUACCCCAAUCAAUCGGUUUCCUAACCAACCUUCAAGCUUUGUAUUUAGAUUAUUGCGGCAACAAAGUUGACACUUCUGUAAUCGGAAAACUUCACAAGCUUGAGAUUCUUAGUAUGAGAAUGAGAGGAACUUCUCUGAAAGACUUGUCAAGAGAAAUAGGACAAUUGACCAAUCUAAGGAUGCUCGAUAUAAGUGCUGCAGCUUUUCCCAUGAGAGGAAGUAUUUGCACAAUUCCAUCUAAAUUGAUAUCAAAGUUGCAUAAAUUAGAAGAGCUGUACAUGCAAUGUGGAUUUUGGGACUGGGGGAGUAAAAUUGAUGGAGAAGGAGAAGAAACUAAUAUUGGCUUUGAUGAAUUAGCUGGUUUAUCAUAUUUAAGCAUUUUGAAAGUUUGCAUAUUUGAUGCAAAUUGCAUCCCUAAAAGUGUUGAGGUCGAACCGAAUUGGGUUUACUUCGAUAUUAUUAUUUGCAGCGGCCAUAAUGAAGAGAGAGUCAUUAAGAGCCCACAAUUUGGUCAUAAUUGUAGAUCCUUGAGUCUUGAUAGUACUGACACAACCAUAGGAACCUUUCCGGACUGGUUUGUCGACACUGUGGUAAAGAACACUGAGAGGCUAAGUUAUAGAGAAUGCAGAGGGUUGAGUAACAUUCUUGUGGAAUAUGACCGUGGGAGGUUUCAUGGACUGAAAGUUCUCUCUGUAAUUGGUCGCUGUGAGAACUUGAAAGAAUUGAUGAAUGCAAUAACAUGUGUUCCAGAUAUGCCUGUGUUUGAGAACUUGGAAGAGUUGGUACUGUUUAGGCUGGAUGACCUGAAGCAGUUAUGUGUUGGUGAGUUACCACCUGGAUCUCUCUGCAGUCUGAAAUUAUUGGAGGUCCGUCAGUGUCGUAACUUGAGGAAUGUACUGUUGCCAUCAAAAUUGUUGCAGAAACUACCAAAUCUGGAAAAACUAUACUGUGAUGGAGGUAAAGUGGAUCAUGUGUUUGAAUGUAAAGGAUUUGAGCCAGAUCAAACAAAUCUGAGGGAGAUGGAGUUGCGAGAUCUAGAUGUAGUACGAAGCAUAUGUAAUGGUCCUGCUCCACGCGGAAUGUUCCAGGCUCUAAAGCAAUUGGUCAUUUACAAGUGCAACUUCCAAGGAAGUCUCUUCACAUUUGAUGUAGCUCAGUGUCUUUUUCAAUUGGAAAACCUUACUGUAUCCGAAUGCCCUGUCUUGGAAAGAGUAAUCGAAAGGAGGGAAACAUUGAACAACAAGAAGACCGUUCUUCCAAAAUUGAAGAACCUAAAUUUGGAAAAUCUUCCAAUGUUGUACGAGGGAAGUGCUACUAUUGAUUUUGAGUGUCCUUCAUUGGAAAACCUGAGUCUGUUUGGCUGCCCCCACUUGUCAUUUCCAUCCUCUGCUUCUGACUACUUCCACAGCAGGAACCAAGUCGUUUUCAAUGAUGCUCCUCGUCAUUCUCUGCUACUCAGCAAACUAGGGUAUAAAUUAACGGCUUCAGUACUUCGAAGACAGCUAGGGUGGGAGAGGUAGAGAGAGAACGAGUUCUGGUUGGAAUUCAAAUAGGGAACUGAAGCUUCCAGAAUCAAUGAGUCUCGAGCCAAUCACUCCGGAUUUGUCCUCAACCAUCCGAAUUUCAGGGAUUUCAUCGUUCUUGAACUUCCGGCGAAGCCCCCGCGCCACAGAAGCUGAAGAAAGAACCUACCGAUGACGAAAAGAGAAGGAUGAAAAUAGUGGCCGGAAGCUUGAUGAAAGCAAUGAUGAGACCUGGUGGAGGUGAUUCAACACCUUUAGAUGGUGAUCAGGUUGGGCCUACAUUACGCUUUCUGAAGCCAGUAUCGCAAUUGAACUGCGUAUAAAAGCAAAUGGUGGAAGCUAGAUUAGUUUUUUCUAUUUGCAGGUCAUUUAUCAUUGCACUGUUAGAACAUUGGAUGAAGUUAUAGUUGAAUCUUCAAGAUCAGAAUUUAGUGCAUUCUAUUACAGCGAGAGUGUUGCUCGUUUAGUAAUGAGGAUUAUGUAAAAGCUGGUUUGGCUGAGUUGGAGCAUUGGAGCUAUAAAGCAACAGAUGAGGUUCAGCUUGGGAUGAACUCGAGCAUACUAGGCAAGCCAUUGGAUCCCUGGUAACAUCAAAAACCCAAAAAGAGACUUGACGAAAUAAGCCAUGACCUGUGCCCAGUAAGUAAUGUAUAGGGUAAGAUCUACGUGAUUGCUGCCAAGAAGUCUUCAGCGAAGGUGGUGACUUUGAAAAGAACAAAAUUCAGCGGCUUCAACGCAUUCUCGAAAAGUCUUCAGCACUACAAAAUGGUUGCAAUGAAACUUCAAGCUUAACAAAAGGAAAGUGUUUUGUUAUGUUAAUGAACUGGCGCAGAGCCAGAACAGGAGAAGGUGUCCGAGCUGCAUGUUCUAUGUUGAAAAGUCGGUUGGUUGCUCCUACAUGAAGUGCAGCUGCUGAACUUGGUUCUCUCCUAGCUGAUUGUGUUGGUUUGGAUUUUGAAAAUUGAAAUGCUUAACUUGAUUGGGUCUGGAUAUGCAUUCUGUUACAAUUGUGGAGUACAAGUUGUCACUCAUACAGCUACAUGUCGAAGCUUUCUGAAGUAAUGUUUGUCUAGAAUCCAAGUUAUAGAAAUAUUUAGUGUUAUACACCUUGGUUGUAAGAAUUGUAUUCAUUAGGCUUGUACCAAAUGGGACAGAAAGAUCAGUAUUUGGUUAUGAAUAGAUUUCACUUGCUAAAUUAGAUUCAUUUCAACAUUUCGUAGGUUCCAUUCAAUUCAUAAUAUUAAUUGGACUCCAUCUGCGACAGAGUAAAGGCUUCAAUUCAAAGAGUUUAAUGCUUACUUUUGUCGACAA